UGAGAACGGCGAGUUCCACGUCGAUCUCUACACCCUCCCCGAUUCGCUCGUCAAGAUGCUCUGGGAAUUCACCUCCGAGAAGAUAGGCCUGUAGCACGUGUCUGAGGAUGGACCACCCUCUCCUACGAGCCAGGAGGGUAUUGAGCAUGGGGUGCAACAUCUUAGUCUUCACGGCCGACCGGAUCGCCCGCAACGUCGCAGGCAUGGCCGAGAGCCCAGAAUUUGACAAGUCCACCAGCAUGGUCGCCUCGAUGCAGACCGCUGGGGGGUUAGAUGUGUCCUCCUUCCUUCUGUCAGUCUUUUUCUUUUUUACCUUUGACACCUCCUCUCGACAGUGAUUUGAAACGGAGCAUUGGAGUUUGCGGGGCGCUGGGUCUCUCGUUGCCCAAGAAAAAAUCGAUUUAUGAAUAGGU